AUUUAUUUCAAAAUAAUGGGAGAUAGUGAGUGGUUACAUAAUAUAGAAGUUAUCGGUAAAGGAUGAAUAAUUUUUCUUUUUCUGUUUUAAUUUUUACUUUUUAUCCCUGAAUUAUUUUAAUUAAUUUUAAACUAAUAUAUGUUGUAGGAACCUAUACGUAUUUUCACCGGAUUUUUGGUUGGCAAUGUUAUAAUAGUAUAGAUAAUGUCACAAAGCACCGACGAUCCAUUUGUUUUUAUUUUUAGGGAAAAAGGGUGGCAUGUUCAAAGGGUUUUAUUGGAAUUUCUGUUUUGGGUCAUUCACUCGGUCAAACAAAACCUCUCACUCCCGCACUACUGGCCCGUGGUUCUCAAAUCACUAUACUAUGUUAGGGUCCAAAGAACAUCUUCAAAGUAAGGCUGUAAUAUACUCACCUGCCAGAACUGUGGCUCAACAAAUAUCAGGGUCCGCAUCCAGACCUGCCACAUGCAGUUUUUCUCGCACCCUCUACACAGCCACUGCAGCAAGUGAGUCUCGUUCGAAGAAUCAUGAGCGCAUUGCUGACAGCCUCUUGGAUCUCACAAAGAUUGAGAGGCAUGACUACUCCAUCCUCUUUAGGCUAAAAAUAGGCCUCAACCAAUAUGGUCCAGCAGUCUCAGGGAUAGGCCCCACAUCUUCAGAAUCUGAGUUUGCCUCAACAGACUCCAAGGUGGUGGAGAAGAUUGCCUUUGAUAUAAAGCUUGAGAAGUUUGACGUGGCUGCAAAGAUCAAGAUCAUAAAGGAGGUUAGGACUUUCACUGAUUUGGGGCUAAAGGAUGCCAAGGACUUGAUGGAACAGGCUCCCGUUGUGCUGAAGAAGGGUGUGACCAAAGAGGACGCAGGUCCUAUUGUUGACAAGCUGAAGGAGUUGGGUGCUACUGUGAUAUUGGAAUGAAGUGUCUUUAUUUGUUUUGCUUCUCGUAGAACUAUGAUCGAUGAGUUCAAUGAUUGAAUGAUAGAUGGAGGGAUUUAUAGAGCUUGUUGAAUUGGAGCUCCUGUGUUUUCAUGUCAAACAGGGAGUUGGCUAUCAGAUCUACAAUGCAUGCAGCUUACGCAUUUACAGGUUAGGAUUCU